GUGCUGUUCUGAGCUGUGCUCCACUCCGCAGGCGACAGCUGGCUUGCUUGUAGCGCCUCGCCUCCUCCAGCCCGCCCGGGGGUCUCGGAGCCCGCAACAUGGCCGGCAGCUCGGACCACGCCUCGCAGCAGCUUAAGCAGUGGCGGGACCAGCGCGGCUCGCAGAAGCCAGAUGCUUUGACUACUGGUGCUGGGAUCCCAGUAGGGGAUAAACUUAACCUCAUGACAGCAGGACCAAGGGGACCUCUUCUGGUUCAAGAUGUGGUUUUCACUGAUGAGAUGGCUCAUUUCGACAGAGAAAGGAUUCCUGAAAGAGUUGUGCAUGCAAAAGGAGCAGGUGCCUUUGGCUAUUUUGAGGUGACUCAUGAUAUUACCAAAUAUUGUAAGGCGAAGGUGUUUGAGCACAUUGGAAAAAGAACUCCACUUGCUAUUCGAUUCUCUACUGUUGCUGGAGAAUCAGGUUCAGCAGACACAGUUCGUGACCCUCGAGGCUUUGCAAUGAAAUUCUAUACAGAAGAUGGGAACUGGGAUCUAGUAGGAAACAACACUCCCAUCUUCUUUGUCCGAGAUGCAAUGUUGUUUCCAUCCUUUAUCCAUAGUCAAAAGAGGAACCCUCAGACUCAUUUGAGGGAUCCAGACAUGAUGUGGGACUUCUGGAGCCUUCGUCCUGAAAGCCUGCACCAGGUAUCUUUCUUGUUCAGUGAUCGUGGUAUUCCAGAUGGAUUUCGCCAUAUGAAUGGAUAUGGGUCACACACUUUUAAAAUGAUUAAUGCUAAUGGAAGAGCAAUUUACUGCAAAUUCCAUGCUAAGACUGACCAGGGCAUCAAAAACCUUCCUGUCAAACAAGCAGAACAGCUGGCUUCCACUGAUCCUGACUAUGCACUGCGUGAUCUUUACAAUGCCAUUGCCAAAGGAAACUAUCCAUCUUGGUCUUUCUACAUUCAGGUUAUGACAUUUGAAGAAGCAGAAAAGUUCCCAUUUAAUCCUUUUGAUGUAACCAAGGUUUGGCCCCACAGUGACUAUCCUCUUAUCCCUGUGGGCAAGCUGGUGUUAAACAGGAAUCCAGUCAAUUAUUUUGCGGAAGUUGAACAACUGGCCUUUGAUCCAAGCAACAUGCCACCUGGCAUUGAGCCUAGCCCCGAUAAAAUGUUACAGGGUCGUCUUUUCUCAUAUCCUGAUACUCACCGCCACCGUCUAGGACCCAACUACCUACAAAUACCUGUGAAUUGUCCCUUCAGAGUUCGUGUCUCUAACUAUCAGAGAGAUGGACCCAUGUGCUUGUCUGAUAACCAAGGUGGUGCCCCCAAUUAUUAUCCAAAUAGUUUUACUGGCCCUGAAGAUCAGCCCAACUUGAAGGAGAGCCAUAUGCAUAUGUCAGGAGAUGUACAGCGCUUCAAUAGUGCAGAUGAGGACAAUGUUAGUCAGGUGCGAGUGUUCUUUACCAAAGUGCUGAAAGAAGAUGAACGCCAAAGGCUCUGUGAGAACAUUGCUGGUCUUCUUAAAGAUGCUCAGCUUUUCAUUCAGAAGAAAGCUGUGAAGAACUUCACUGAUGUUCAUCCUGAUUAUGGUGCCCGUGUUCAAGCUCUCCUGGAUAAGUACAAUGCUGAAGCUGGGAAUCCGGAUGUGAUUAGAACAUACACACAAGCUACAUCUCGCAUGUCAGCAAAGGAAAAAGCUAACCUGUGAACUGUGCUAUUGGAAAAUCAGUCCGUCCAGAGAUAUAUGUCCAUCCAACUGGAUAGUAAGCUGUUGAAGACAUGAACGAAUGUCGGCACAAAAUAAAAUUGUUUUUGAGACUCAAUAAGUAACCAUUUUGUCUAUACUUACUUACUGAAAUAGAAAUUAAUGGAACCUGAUAACCUUUGUGCCUUCUAAUACUUCUCUAGACUGUUAAUGAAUGUUGGUAGGCAACCUUUCUAAUUUGACGCUUUUCUUUUCCUAGAAAGUGAACUCAACAUUUCAUCACAAGUCUGUUUCAACUGCUUUUGAGUGCAAGGCCCCUAACGUUUUUUUCUAGCUAAAUUACUGAAAAGAAUGUAUAAUAAAACAACUGAUUAUUAAUAUAGUGAAGUUGAUUGUUCUUGCUAAUGGAAUGAAAUCAUUCAGUACUUCAAAAAUAAAUAAAAUCAGUGUAUGUAUUUGUUCAUUGCAGACAGUUCACUUGAAAGCAGAAAGUAAAUUCCAAAAUUAUAGAGGAAGUUAGUAACAACAAACGCACAAUAAUUGUGUUGCUUCAAACAUUAUAGCUCAAGUCUUGUCUUGCAAUGAACUAUAAUUGAAGGCAAUUAGAAUGACUCCAUCUGGAUAUGAAUUCUAUGAAUAUAGAUGAUAUUAAUAUUAGCAAAGCUGAAAGACGCAUGUUCUUUUGCUUAUUAAUGUUACAUUGAUAUAUUUCAUGCAAGAAAUUUUGCUUUUCAUUAUAUUUACAAUUUCAAAUAAAAUUACUUGCAUUUAC